CCACGCAUGCGCCACACGAACAUCAGCCGUGUCUCUCUCUGUCUCUAUCACAUGAGGACUAUUCACAAAGCCAAAGCCACACUAAGACAGACAAGUAUGCAUCAGGGCCGUUCACAGCCACCUGCCAAUCGCCAUGCCCAUUGGGCACUGAAACACACACGCACACGCACGCACACACACCCCACACAACCACCCAUACAAUACACACGAACACGUGGGUGGGAGUCGCAAGACUUUGUUCCCCUCACCUGUCGUGUCUCCUUCUCAGGGAUUAUGACGUCCAUGUAAGGAUUGUCGUGAGGCGUCAGCGGGUCGGCGGGCCGGAUCACAUGGUCCAUGUGACGAUACACAAACGGAUCCUCACGCUCUCGCUCGCGCCCCCCAAUCUCAUCGUCUCUCCUGCUCUCCGACAUCCUGGUCCGCCCCGCAGACCUCGAUCGCCUCCUCUCCCCUCCCGCCAUCUCGCUCCCUGUCGCUCCUCUCCGAUUGGCCGCUCCAUUGGCGUGUUCGUCGUGUCUCUGCCGCCAGUUGCUGGGCGAUAGCCAGUGGGCGGCUUGUGUGAGUUUGCUGCCGAUGGGUGCGAGGGCGCCGGCCAUGUCUUGCCAGAAAGGGUGGGAGAAAUCGAGCUCGAAAUCCUUGUCCCAUAGGCUGCAGAGACCCGCCCGGAUGACGGGCGCCGCUGUGCUCGUGCUGGAAGGCCUCUCGUGUCUCUCAAUGGGCUCUGCGUUCGGUCCAAUCUGGCUAAAUCUUGCCGAUACUGUGUGUUGGUCCUUGUCUAUCGACGUCGGGGGCGAAGAUGGCUCGGGAAAAGGAAUUCCACGUCGAUCAUUUCUUCCCUCGCCAAAAGGAGAAGAGAAACGGUCCAGGUGCGUAUGUCGCCCAUACGACGGGCGCCCCAGCAGCACACAGUCCUCAUCGUCGCUGUCCGCUUCAUCCAGGCAGGCAGGUCUCUCCGGCAAAGUCACUCUGGGCUUCAGAAACAUCUCCGAGUGGGACGCGGAGCGGUCAAUCGACGCCGCCCUCAGGUCCGGCCUGCUCGGCACGUUCGAGCUGGACGAUGCCUCCCGUAUGGUGCUUAGAGCAGCCGGGAGGCCGUCGGCCUGGAAUGCAGAGGGCGACAGGGGCGGGCUGCGGGGCCGCUCUGGCGGGACGACGAAGAGAGGCGGGCCGUAUUCCACCACAGCAGGGGGAGGAUGGCACGCCAGUGGGACAGCAGCGUGUGGAUAGGGGAGCGGGUGAGGUGGGGCUUGCAUAGGUGCAACGACAGGUGCUGGACCAUUCUGCCCCACCAACGACUUGGCCUCAAUAAGGGCGCGCACGAAGGCAUUGUCGGGUAUGGGAGGGGUCCUUGUGAACGGCGGCGGGUUGUGGAAGGCGCCGAGAGGGGGAGGCUGAACAGACAGAAAACUAGCGGUGGGCUGCGGCGGGGCGAAAGCGGGCAUCGGGUGCACGUCUCCUCCCCCACAACCGCCACCCGUCACAGUGUGUGGCACCACCGGAGCCCGCUGCUCCCGAACUCGCUCCAGAGAUGCCCGGAAUGGCGUGAAUGCUCUCUGGUCGGCGUUUGUGCGGGUGUCGGCUCCGCUUGUGAUUCGGGGUCUCAGUGGCGAUAUCGAUUCCCGCUGCAGCUUGGCCUGAAAGGGAUGAAUGGGACUCCCUUUGCCGCCCGAGUCGCGCUGAGCGGUGCCCCGCUGGCCGGUAGGUACAUUUGCACUGCGGGCAACGGCGUGCGGCGCUGUAGGAAGGUCUGAGGACGCUGUGCGAUUGGCGGAGUCGAGUGUGUCUGCGGUAGAGUGGACGAGAGCCCUCGCGUCUGCUCCACCAGCAAGGCCGCGCUUCACGGUCUUCUCCUCGCUCGUCCUGUGGCUCCUCUCGCUCGUCUGGCGGGCACGCAGUUCUUCGAGAAGUUCAUCAGCUCCCUCAAAGGCAUCGUGCAUGCGGCGUCGCGGUGAGAUGUCCCUGUCCAUCGAUUUCAGGCAGCGGUU